AUGGAGGUCUCAAGCCCACCAAAGCGCAUGACCCGCGCCCGGGCAGCCGCUAAAGCAACCACCACCCCCUCGACCGCCGCCUCAGGAGCAAGGGCGACAAAGUCGACGGCUGCUGCCUCGGCAAAGCCAAAGCCAAAGCCAAACCCAACAUCGGCAGCAGCAGCAGCCAAGCCCACCGUGACGCGCACAGCCGCAUCCAUGAAGAGGAAAACCAGAGCCGACGAAGAUGAACAACAUGAGGAAUCCCACCAGGUCGCCCCCGAGGCAUCCACUACAGACACCAUGAACAAGCCAGCCCGUACACGCGGUAGGCCCAGAAAGGUCGUCGGGACAGAGACGGAGCCUCAGCCCAAGCCUGACGCCAAGUCCGAACCAGAAGAGCCAGCGCCUGCUGUAUCAACGGAAGAAGUAGCACCAGCACCCGCCGCUCGCGCCACCCGUGGACGCGCAAAGAAGGCCACUCAAGACCCUCCCAAGCCCGAGACUGAGCCCGUAAAGGCCACACGCACACGCACAAAGAAGAGCACAGCAGAUCAAGACACGACCGCAGCUGAGCCCGAACCCCCCAAGAAGACCACUCGCGGUCGUGCUACAUCGGGUACAGCAUCUAGCAACGCCAAGUCCGCUGGCUCUAUCUGCACCGAAGCCACCACCAACCCUACUCCUGGCCUGAGGUCCAACAUUGUCAGACCGGCAUCGAGACUCGGCGGCCCCACUAAGAAGUCAGUCACUUUCCAAGAGCCAGAGAAGGAGAAUAUGCUUCCCCCUCCUCACACCAAGGCCAAGUCAAAGACGGACACUGAACCUGUUAGUGGCAUGAAGGCCAAGCCCGUACGUAAGACUGCUACCGCCACCCGAGCUACACGAGCCACCGCCAAAACCACUACAUCCGCUGCAGACAAGAAGGAGAAACCUACACCUCUAAGUCCUAAGAAGGAUGGUCACAACCGUCCACUCUCCAGAGCGAGCAACUCCGACGAUGAGCUUGCCGCAUAUGACAAACCCCCACCUAAGCCUCUCAUGAAGGGCCCAGUGAAGCCGCACAGCAACAGGAAAUUCGACUUCGCUGCACCUCUGUCCGCCAGCGGCGCCGAUACUCACGAUCACGCCAUGGAUGACGAUGAUGAGUUAGCUGGCACAUCUGUCAUCACUAGUCCCGCCAAGAGACUUCCCUCGACACCUUUCAAGGAUGCCUUGAAGUCCCCGGCGAAGCGAGCAGAGGGUGCCCCGACCUUGCUUUUCUCGUCCAACAAGGAUGACGCAGAGCUCCACCCAUCACCACUCAAGACGUCUGUCUUGCAGUCACCUGCCAAGCGACCCCAGGCCCCAAUUCUGGCUUUCCAGGCACAACCUGCAGAGCCGACGAACCAAUCUCGAUCACCAAUGAAGAUGUCACUAUUUCAAUCCCCGGCAAAGAGGCCAACGUCACCGAUAAAGUUCUCGGCACCACCAUCCAAGCUCGCGGAGGAGUUCGUGCCAUCGUCACCCAUCGCGAACCCUGUGCUCGGCGCUGAGGAGCAGGAUGAGCCACUUUUGGAGGACGAUGCGGAUGACGAGGCCCAAUACGAGGAAGAGCCCGACAGCAUUGUCAAACCUACCAACCUGGCUGACGAGAAGGAGUACAGCGAAGAUAUCGACAUGUCCCAGGAUCAUGAGGAAGAUGUCCUCGAGUCUCCCGACCAACUUGAGUUUCCCGGGCGUCUGUCUGCCGUUUUGCCUCGAUACGCUGAUCCAGCCUUGAAAGACAGAAUGUCGCCCUUGAAAGCACUAUCUGCUACCCAGCUCGAGCCACUCGCAAUUGAGGAUGAAGUCGUUGUUGCGAGGGACCCCGAGUCGGCCGAGGUUGUACAGGAGGACGUCAUGGACAUUGAUGAAGCCGUAGUUGAGGAAAUUGAUCGACCGGAUAGCCCGCCUGCAGACACCCCUCCUCGUCCUGCAAUUCGACCUUCUAACUCCAUGUUUGGCUUGCGCGAGAAGGACCUCCUGCCAGUUGAUAGUGGCGACUCGGACGACGAGAUUGUCCAAAGCGUACAGGCCGGGUCCAAAUUCCAGGAUGAUGACGACACCUUGACCUUCACUGCUGCUCCGGCCACACCGACGCCCGGAGCUUCGAGAACUCCUCGAAGCGGUCUGCCUACCAGUGCUAUCAAGAAUGCUGGCCGCGCUAUUAGAUCAGUAUCUCGUGGCUCUAAGCUUGGCUUUACACCUUUAGCCAAGCAACUCAGCGACUGGAGAUCGGGAAGCCCUCUCAAGAAUAGUCACGUACCAGCUUCUGGAGCCAACGAGGAAGAGUACUCGCUAAUUGAGGGUUCACCUGUGGGCGCUGGACAAACUCCCGUAAAGGGAACUUUCUUUGAUGACGAAAUGCGAAUUCGCGCAGAGAUGGAUGCUGGUGCCGGCAGUGAUGCUGAGGCUGAGAUGAUGGCUGCAAUCGAAGCAGAUCUUGCGGCCCACUUCGAUGAUCCUGAGUUUGAUGACAUUCCGGUCACGAACGAAGACGUGGAGUUGGCAGCAGAAGCAAAUGAGAUGUCACUCCUCGAGCCCGAUCAGGUCGAAGAUGCCCUUGAGACACAGAAUCAUGACGAUUCGAUCUCUGACGCCAGCCAAGAGUAUGGGGACGAGAACGCCGUUCCCAUCGAUCCGGCUCUCCUUGGCCUACCAGUCACACCUGUUCGCCCCUCAUCUACCAGAACCUUCAACACAACUACCAAGGUCCCUUUGAAGCCUGCCGACGAUUCUACACCGAGGAGCAUGAAGCGACGCAGUGCAAGUGCUUCUCGCCUUCCAGCAAAGCGCCCUGCCGGCCCCACUAGGAAUGCGACCGUCAUUUCGUACUCUCCUAUCAAGGAGUCUUCUGACGAAGUCGCAGUGGAGGACGAUGAGCAGUAUGAUCAAUUGCCUGUCACACCAUCCAAGUCUGAUAUAUGGUCAUCCAUGGGAACUCCUGCCCGCACUCCUAGGCGUGAUCUCAACCCGGGAUUGCUUCGAGGCGCCGUCGUUUUUGUCGACGUUCAUACCAGUGAGGGCGCAGAUGCCAGCACCGUCUUUGUCGAGUUGCUCGCCCAGAUGGGUGCUCGUUGCGUCAAGAGCUGGCCCUGGAACCCGAGCAGCACCGACAAUGAGGAUCUUUCCUCGUCCAAGAUCGGAAUUACACACGUCGUGUACAAGGACGGUGGCAAGCGGACCAUGGAAAAGGUCCGAGAGAGUGGAGGCGUCGUGCAGUGUGUUGGAGUGUCGUGGGUCUUGGAUUGUGAGCGUGAGAAUGAGUGGCUUGAAGAGUCAGCUUAUUAUAUCGAUACUUCACUUGUGCCCCGUGGCGGAGCCCGCCGGCGCAAGAGUAUGGAGCCCAAGGCUCUCGCCAACCACAACGGCACUUUGGUCACGCCCAUGAAACAGUCAAUCGGUGCUGGGCGCGAUUGCCAGACUGUUCCUAACAACCACAUGGGCCGAAGGGACAGCACCGCAUGGAUGCGUUCUCCAUCCAACCGCGAUGAUGAUGAGGACAUCGAAGGCGCCGACGAUGAUGAGUGGGACGGAAGCAUGCUUACGCCAGUCCCGAAGACGCCUGCACCGGAAGCGCUUCAUCGCUACGUCACCGAGAUGGAGGUGACGCCCGAGACACCCACUGCAGAGUGGUCGGUAGAGUACUCUCCUGAAAAGGAGCAAAUGCUCACACGUACGGCACCACCCAAGCAAAACACAUUCGCCGAGCUUGGCCAAGGAUUGUUAAGCCAGCACAAGGAUCAGAGCGUUAUGAUGCGACUUAUGGCAGCUCGUCGCAAGAGCAUGCAAUUUGCCCCGAAGAUUGCAAGCCCGUUGAGCAAGGCAUGGAAUUAA